UAUUGUUGCAUUAGUUCUCUCUACGCUGCCUAUGUCGGUAUCCACAACAAAAAGUGUAAGGUAGUUUAGUCAUCCGUGAGUGUGACACAUCUUUUUUAAAUCAACACUAAGUUGGUUCACGUGAAACAAUAGCAAAAUGGUUGCAUAGGAAAAUUACUGUGAUGUGAUUUUACAAAAUCGAAACAAAUGAAAAAUAUAUCUGUACCCGUACAAUAUUACUUUUCGUUUCGUAACUGCAUCGACCUUAGCACAACACGCAUGCCGAAUUGGGAAUGUUUAUUCAUGUACAUGAAUAUGAUUGUAAUACAUGUCUGCAGUGGUCCUGCGAUAGAAGGCUGGGGAAACAAAGACAACUUGCGCGUGGUGCUCAGGGAACACGUACAAGGCCGAGAUGAAGGCACAGAGCAGUACCUCAAAAUGGAAAAGAUAGUGUCACACCCCACGUACUUGCUUGCUCAGAAUGAGGGGUUGCCCUAUGAUAUAGCCCUUGUUAAGUUGAGCCGUCCCGCUUACAUGUCCGAGUACGUGAACACCAUCUGCAUUGAGCCCAACUACGCCGCGCCCGAUCUCAGCCACUGCGUCACUGCGGGCUGGAGAAGGUUAUUCGAAGGAUUCAAAAAGUUCUUCGUAGUCAGUACAAAGAAACGAGCAUCGGAGUAG